UAUUGUAGCUAUGACCAAAAUCUAAGUAACUUUUUUAAUUAUAAUAAUUAGUUGAGAGGAGAUCAGCAAUUGCUAAGAGACAUGGAUAUCGAGUUAGUAUAUAUAAGAGCGUAUUUUAAGAAAGAAUUAAACUACAUGAGAAUAAAGACGAGAUGCUGACAAAUUUGGUACUAAAAUAAAGCCUAAACUGCUCCACUUGACUCCCAUGAUCAGUAAGCUACAAAAAAGUAAACCUGCUCAGGCUGCUCUCAACAAGAAAAAUCCAAACGAGAACAUAAAAUAUUCAAAACAUUCUCCUACACUCUAGUCAAACGUUAAUGAAGGAAUGCAACAGUGUUAACACGGUAAAGCAUUUAAACCUAGGCGGACCUGAAAUUCUUGAUAACAUAUUCAACAUUCCACAACACAAACAAUUAAAAAAGAAAGAUGGGUGGCUGUGACAUGAACGGUAACCUGUAUGAGGAGAAGUUUAGUGCACCAAUGCCUUGGAUUGGCAUGUAUGUAGCAGCAGCAUCCUUGGCCUGUCUGAUUGCAAUGGCUGCAGAUGUAAUCCUCGGCAUCUGGCACCAUAAGUACUGGUUUCCCUGCAAGUUCUUCUCCAUUAAUGCCACAUCUCUGACCUUGAUAGGUGUAGCCAUCAAAUUGUCGGUGGAUCUGAACACUGCCAUGCCCAACCGUCACGACCAGCUUGCAAAGCUUAGCAGUUCUGCCUUGAUCUGCACAGCAAUGGCUAACUCCAUGCCGUCUCUUGGAGCCAUGGAAAAUGAAGAGAUGUUCAUGAAUGUAAUUGCCUUGGGAAUUCUAGUCAUCACCCUUAUUGUCAAUAUUUGCAUCCAAUUAGCUACCGGUGCAAUCUUUGUUUUCUGGAAGGAGCACGCUUCAGUUAUGUUCAUCAUGCUUGUUUUGCUCCUCAUGCUGAUUUUCUCGGCUUUAACGGUUCCAACAACAAAGAAUUAUUUAGAAAAAGGGUACAAGAAAAGAUACCAAUUAUCUUCAAAAGAAUGCACAAAUGCAAGUGGUAGAAAAGAAGUUACCAAACUCAGAGACACAUUGACAAAGCUUUGGCUGAUGGCUCACACCUCUAGCCCUCAAUUUGUGAUGGGCAGGUCAGUGACAUGCACUGCUUCUGGAGCUUUCUGUCUUUUGAGUGCCAUGAUUUUGGCCCAAGCCAUGUUUAGAACAUACUUGAUGCCAUGGUCCAUUAAGUUUUGCAGCGGGGAAUCAGACUACAAAUUGACAACCACUUUGAUUCUAUUUACGCAAGCAGUUGCAGUAGGAGUUGGUACUAUUUCCCCGGCGUUUAGAUGGUUCAUCGCCAUCAACUUUAAGUGCCCGAAAAGAGGAAAUAUAAGCUACAGAAAAGAAUUCGAAAUAGAAAGGUACUGGAUUCAGGGGCUUGCGGAGUUGAAAAAGUGUCCAUUAACUUUUAGAAUCAAAUCUCGGGACUGCAGGAAACUUGCACAUGAAGCAAGAAACAAACUUUUGGACUUGUGUAUUGCAAUGCAAACGGGGAUUGUCCUAUCAAGCAAAGCAAUUCGAUCAAUUUCCAUUUUCUUGGUGAGUCGAAUCUUUUUACUCAGCGACUUGUUCAGGGAGUGGAAGAACAAGAAGUUGGAAUUCGACUCCAUCCCAAUGUCCCAGAAAAACCCAAGGCAAGAUCUUAGUAAUUAUGUUCUGUAUCUUGAAGGUGAGGAUGCGUUGGUUCAUUACAUGAUGAAUUCCAACUGUGAUGCUACUGAUCAUUGGACUCAGAAGGGAAUGAAAGAAGAACCCAAGCAUCUCAUUAAGCUGUUGGAGAAAUUGACAGCCUCACAAGGAUUCAAGGGAGUGGCAGAGUUUGACAGUGAUCAAGUUCCCUCUCUACAAUGUGAAGAACCUCCAAAUUGUUGGGCUCUUCCCGUUGUGACACUAACAAGUAUUGCACUUGCACUUCCAAACAUCGGUUCUGGUUCAAUCGAAAAUCUGAUAGAUGGGGUACAUGAAGGGCUCAUGUACAUGAAUGCUAUUGAGGAACAGCUGGAUAGCAAAGGAGUUCUUGCCAACAUCAGAAAGGCGGCAGAGGUCGUGUGGCUAAGAGUUGAUCUAUAUCACACAUGGCUAGAUUUGGAUCUCAGAAAAUUGUCACGUCAAGGGAAGAGUCUAAAGGAAACACUUGAAGAACUUUCUGAGACUGCAAAAUCCAUAUUUGAAGAAUGUAGAAAGCGGCGGAUGAGUAAGGAGAAUGUGUGUUCGAGAGAUAUCCCUUCCAAAUGGUCUGUUAAGGAGCUUGCCGCUAAUUCCAUGUACAGGAUAAGCCAAACUCUUCUGCUAAAUCCUGAUGGCCAAAUCAAUGAAUCAAGUGAGAGAUUGUAUGAAUCAAUGGUUGUGAUGAUCUCUGACAUAAUGGGUGCGUGUCUAACAAAUUUACAGGAAGCUAUGGCAAUCAAGUGUUUUAACAGCACAAUUGAAGAGAGGGAGGAAAGUGUGAGACUUGCAGUUCACGUUCUUGGUAAAACUGAAAGGAUUCUUUAUAUUGUGGAACCUGGUAUUCCUUCAAAUUUGGAUCAUCACCAAAUGGCAUGCAUUGAUGAGUGGCGUUCGGCACGGAAACCCCAGAUAAAUUUCAAGGCGUGCACAUCAUUUCCAAUAUCCGAGAGUGACAGGGAUUCUUCGGCAGGCUCAAGUGAUCACUUUUACCUGACGAUGGAUUAGGUUUUCUAGGCUGCUGUACUCUAGCAUAAAUAGGCUAUUAAAAGACUCUUGUAUUCAGCUUUUCAUCAAUAAUAUUCCAGAAUUUAGAUUCAAGUGUUCUCUUGGGAUUUUUCCCUAGAACUCUGUUAAUUCACUUCCUACUACGAUUUGGCCCUAUUUUACCCGCUGGACAGUUCCUACUGCCUUGCAUCAGACUCUACAAUUAAAACUAGUUGAAACAUCUUUUAACUAUACGUAAAUUAUCCUUAAAACUAGUUAAGAUCAUAGCAUACAGAAACAAGAGGCUCAAGUUCAAUGCAUGCUAAUUAAGCCACCUCAAACUGUUCAAAAUUACUAAAUUUAGGACAUUAUCUGCAUAUAGGAAGGAUGAGCGGCUGAAAGAAUUCGUUGACUACGUAUCCCAUUGCAAACAGAUAUCCAUUCAUCGAUGGUGUCUAAUACUUUUGCAAUACCGUCACUCGAAACAUCAAGA